AUGGUAAUCUACGGAGUUCCCGAAGCCGUAAGCGACAUCGCUGCUUCUCUUCGCCAAGAGCAUACAGAAAAGGCCGUCAUGGAUAUCCUCGACGAACUAGAUAUUGAGGCCAGGCCAGUUGAAAUUUAUAGAGUGGGAAAGUUUGGUGAUAAACCUAGCAGAGUGUGGAUGGCGGAGCUUUUGCGAUUCCAGUGUGCCGGGAUUCUGUACCAACCUUAUCCAUUACACCUUAUAUGGUUGAAAAGCAGCUCCUGUCACUCAAGCCUUCCCUUUCGCUCACUUCCGAUGAUAUACCGCAGUUUUUCUUUAAGACUUCUGAGCACCAGCUCACCGGUCCUCUAA